UCUCUCACUCAUUUCUUCACAGCUUUCACCACUUCGAUCUCCUUCCGUUUUCAUAUUUUUUCACUUCUCUCUCUCAUCGCAAAUGCUUGAAUUUGCACUUGUUCAAUAAAUCUUCCGCUACUUUUCACACAACAGACGAUGGUGAUAGAGACCUACUACAGGAAACGCUCAAAGAAAGCCCAUCAGCCCUGCAUGGAAAUGGACCAAAAAGAUGCGGUGCAAGGCAGCGUUGCUGCGGCAGAGCCGCGUUGUACUCCUCUGCUUCAAGAUAGCCAGUUCUUGAUUGGUGGUGGUGGAGAUAAAUCCCCGAUAGAAAACUAUAUGAAAGAGGGUUAUCUUUACGAGAUUUAUCAUGCUCAGUUACCUCCAAGAACCCCAGCUCACCUCCGCUCCAUCAGAGUUGCUAUGGCAAGAAAUAUGAUUGUCUGCGAGAAGACGGAGGUGAAUGUGGCAGUAAGGUAUCCAAGCAUGGAGUCGCUAAAAGCAUUUUUCAACUACAGCUUGAGAGAGUCUCACCCUUCUUUGGAUGAGAAGUUUGUGAUGGGGUCGGCGCUGGCAGCGAGAGUGCUUGUUCGGAGAGUUCCGGCUGAGAUCUUCAUGGAGCAGAAGAGUUGGAUUGAUUUCUGGGUGAUUGCACAAAGGAAAGGAAGUAGCUGUCUGUCUGAGGCUCUCAAGGGGAGUGGGAUGGUGACAUGGGGGAUAAGAAGGCAAGUUAAGUAUUUGGGUAGGCAUAAGGAGAGUGAUGAUAAUAAUGAUGCUUAUAUUGCUCAGAACUCAUCUUCGAGUUUUGUCAAUGGAGUUGAGGAAUCUCAGAUGGGAUUAUUAGCUACUGGUGAUGAUGAAGUCCAGAAACAUGAAGAUGCUGACUGUGGAGAGAGAGGUGAAGAUAUGGAAAAUUGUGAUGAUCAGGAAAAUGCAGAGGAUGAAGAAGAAGAGGAGGAAGAGGAAGAAGAAGAAGAGGAUGAAGAAGAUGAGGAAGAGGAAGAGGAAGAGGAGGAGGAAGAGGAAGAAGAGGAGGAGAAGAUCAAGAUUGAGGAGAUUAAUGAGAACAUGAAUAGAAAGAGGUACUCUUUUAGGAAUUUGAGCAUUAGGAAAACGAAGAAACCAAGGCUUGAGAUCAGAAAGCAAAAGCCAAAUCAGACGCAGAAGAAGAAUCAGAUCAAGAAAAUCAAGGGUGGUAAGAAAUCAAGGGGAUCACUCGUUCAAAGAGAUCCAAAAGAUCGUUGGUCUACUCAAAGGUACAAGCUUGCUGAGCAAAACCUUUUGGAGGUGAUGAAAUCAAAGGGAGCAACAGCUGAGAAACCGAUCUUGAGGCCUCAACUGAGAGCAGAAGCAAGAAAGAGGAUAGGCGACACAGGACUACUUGACCAUCUCCUAAAGCAUAUGGCUGGAAAGCUUGCUCCAGGAGGGCAGGAGAGGUUCAGGAGGCGGCAUAAUCCUGACGGAGCAAUGGAGUAUUGGUUGGAAUGCGCCAAUCUUGUUAAAAUCAGGAAGGAUGCUGGAGUGACUGACCCUUAUUGGGUGCCACCACCUGGUUGGAAACUUGGCGAUUCCCCAACUCAGGACCCUAUAUGUGCUAGAGAGUUGAAGCUGCUUAGGGGUGAUGUUUCAAAAAUUAAAAGAAGUUUGGAACUGAUGGCAACAAAGAUGCAGUUGGAGGAGGAAGUUGGAAAGUUGAGAAGGGAGAUUGGUGAAAUUCAUUACAAGAAAAAGCAACAAGGUCAAUCAUUCACUGAAGAAUCAAACAAGUAUGACAUAAGUCAAAAGCUGGAUCAGCUUACUGCUUCUUUUGAAUCCUUAAAACGUGAUUUUAGCAGCAUGCACCUUUCAGAGGAAAAGUACAAGGAACAAUUGAUGACCAUCUCUGAUUUUGUGAAAGACAUCGAGGGAAAAUUUGAGAAGCUAGCUCCAAAUGUGACAGAAACAGCAAAAACAGGGUCUUCAUUAAUGAUAAUGGGGAUGAGAGAGAAAACAGCAUUGGAGAGCAAAGAAGAGCAAGUACAAGAUGCAUUAAGUGCAGGUGGUGAGGGAAAAAAAUUACAGUUAGAGGAAAAAGCAGCAAAGAUAGAAAGGCUGAAGAGUGGUUUCAGAAUCUGCAAGCCACAGGGCACUUUUCUGUGGCCAAACAACAACAGCACCAGUUCUGUGAAGGUCCAAGUUGAGGUUCCCACUCCUCCUUCAGUUUCCUCCUCCACCAUGCCACCUCAGCUUCCCUACCUCUAUCAGCCACCACCACCACCACCAUCACCAUCCAUAGUCAAACCCUUGGCUGAAAAACGUGCAGUAAAAGUCAAUCUAAGUCAUGACGUGCCACCGUACAAGGUUUCUGCAAAUAGGCCGACAUUGGAGAGUGGUGGUGGUGGUUAUACAGAGACGGCAACGAGCUGCUCUGAGGUAGGAAGCUGGUUGGCACUGUCUACUACUCUCAAGUCUGAUUCCAGCCAUGGUUGAAUUGAUAAUAUAUGCUACAUAUAUAUUCUGUUAGCUUUCUUUCUAUCACAGUCAAUAUAAAACAAUAUGGUAUGAUGCCAUUAGGCCUUUAUAUCAGUCACUUGACUCUUGAGAUAUGGAAGAAGAGUAAACGUUGCAUGCUAUAAUUUUUCAAGGAUUCUUAUGAUACUCAUCAUUUAUAAUCCUAUUA